UGGUUUACGUCUUUAUAUCGGAGCGUAGCGUACGCACAGUUCAUGUUUGACAAUCUGAAAAGAGAAUGGCGAGGUUUUUAUAUCCGAAUAUAAGGAAGUAUUUGGCAACACAGAUCAGGAUGUCGUCUGAUCAGCUUGGAGAACUGGGUAAAGGUGCUGGGAAAGGAGGAGGCGGUGGAGGUUCAGUGAGAGAGGCUGGAGGAGCGUUUGGUAAAAAGCAGGCGGCUGAGGAGGAGAUGUACUUCAAGAGAAAAGAGCAAGAGCAGUUGGCUGCCCUCAGAAAGCAUCACCAGGAUGAGAUUGAACACCACAAGAAGGAAAUCGAAAGACUACAACACGAGAUCAGCCGUCAUCAGGGCAAAAUCAAAAAACUUAAACAUGAUGACUGAGACUGUUUGACAAAUCUAGAUAUAGAAGCAGUGAAAGAAAACUCAGUGUUCGUGAUCUCUGUUCUCACUGCUCAAUUAUAUCUUUUUUUAUUUGAUAUAAUAUUUAAAAUGAUUGACAAACUGAUGUAAUGUCUGUAUUAAUUCAGUACUAUUUUUGCUCUGGACAAUAAACAUGAACAAGAAACAUUGUUUCAAACAUGAAA